UAAAGUUACAGUAUUUUAAACAUAGUUUUACCUCACAAUCUGUGCCUUAUUGGAGAACUGCAAAGUGUGAUACGCUCGCGUGUGAAGAGGCUGCUUGAAAAUGGGGUUGCUGUGGCGUAGCUACGGCAUAUUUGCGCUGGUCACCCUGAUGGGCGUGUUAGCCCAGUACGAAUGGCAGCCUAAGGAUGCUUUCGAUGAGAUAAAGAUUCGUUUUGACAAAGUUACCGGCGACAACUGUCCAAUUCUGCCGCCACGGGACCUCACGUUGCCUGAGGAAAGUGUCUCCCACCUGCCGGACAUCAAGGAUGUAAACAUCAAUCCCGUCUUCCCCAAUCGUACCGCGCUGCUCCAUCUGCACAAUAUGGCGCUGAGCCGUGCCUUCUUCUGGAGCUACAUCCUACAGAGUCGCUUCAUCCGCCCGGCGAUCAACGAUACGUACGAUCCCGGCAUGAUGUACUACUUCCUCUCGACCGUGGCAGACGUGUCGUCAAAUCGACACAUUAACGCCUCCGCCAUCUACUUUGCACCGAACUCCUCAUACUCGUCCUCCUACCGUGGAUUCUUCAACAAAACGUUCCCCCGUUUCGCUCCACGGACAUAUCGCGAGGAUGAUUUCAAUGAUCCGAUUCAUCUGCAGAAAAUUUCCACUCUGAACACGUUCUUUGUGAAGGAUUUGGGUGCCUUCCCGCCGAACUCGGCGUUGCACGACUACACGAUAAAGAAUUACCACAUUAAUGAAUGGUACAAUCACUGGCUGCCGGAUAAUGUGGAUAAGCGCCACGACACGAAAACGACGUAUCAGGUGGAAAUACGGUACGCAAACAACACGAACGAAACGUUUACCUUCCACGGGCCGCCGGGUGCCGACGAAAAUCCGGGUCCGGUGAAGUUUACCAAACCGUACUUUGAUUGCCGUCGGUCAAACAAGUGGCUCGUGUCGGCCGUAACACCGAUUGCUGACAUCUACCCCCGCCACACCCAAUUUCGGCAUAUUGAAUAUCCAACAUAUACUGCAGUUUCGGUGCUAGAAAUGGACUUUGAGAGAAUCGACAUUAAUCAAUGUCCCAAGGGUGAAGGUAAUAAGGGUCCGAACGUGUUUGCCGACACUGCGCGCUGUAAAAAAGAUACGACCGAAUGCGAACCUAUAGAUGGUUGGGGAUUCCGGAGAGGUGGCUAUCAGUGUCGCUGUAAACCGGGUUUCCGAUUACCGGGCGUCGUGCGGAGGCCAUACCUUGGCGAAAUUCUCGAGCGUGCAUCCGAUGAGCAGUAUUAUAACGGGUUUGAUUGCAUGAAAAUUGGAUGGGUGCAAAAGGUACCCAUCAAGUGGUUCCGGCUUCCCGAGUACAUUAGAGAGCAGUACUUGAACCGCUACUAUGAGUAUAAGAAUUACACGACCGGACCGAGCUCGUUACAUUCGGAAAAGCUCAACAUUAACGAAGUGCUCAAGUUCAUCCUGGGCCUAAAUGGGCGUACGUGCAAGAACUUCCACCCGCAGGAUCUGGUACUGACGGGCGAGUUUGCCUACGAGGCGCAGAAGCAGUUCGAGAACGAGGCUAAAAUGGCGAUCCGGCUGGCGAACUUUAUCAGCGCGUUCCUGCAAAUCUCCGACCCGUCCGAGGUGUACUCGGGCAAACGGGUCGCCGAUAAACCCCUGACCGAGGAUCAAAUGAUGGGCGAAACGUUGGCGCUGGUGCUCGGCAAUACCCGCAUCUGGUCCGCCGCGACCUUCUGGGACCGGAGGAAGUUCACCAACCGGACGCUUUUCGCACCGUACGCGUACAAGCGGGAGCUGAACACGCGCAAAUUCAACCUGGAAGAUUUGGCCCGCUUCAACAAAACCGGCGAAGAGUACAUCGACAAACCGUUCUUCCGUCUGCUCAAGCAACGGUGGGCAUCGAAUUUCGAUUCGCUCGAAAAGUACUACCUGAAGAUUCGUCUGCGCCACAACGAGACGGGCGAGUACGAUCAGCGGUACGAACACUAUCCGAACUUUUACCACGCGGCCACCAUGGACCACGGGUACUGGACGACGCCCGAGUUCGACUGCAAGGGAUACGUGAAGAAGUGGCUCAUCACGUACGCGGUGCCGUUCUUCGGUUGGGACAGCCUGAAGGCGAAGCUCGAGUUCAAGGGAGUCGUUGCAGUUUCAAUGAACAUGCUACAGCUGGAUAUCAACCAAUGUCCGGAUAAUUAUUACGAGCCGAAUGCAUUCAAAAACACUCACAAAUGCGACGAGAAAUCCUCAUACUGUGUGCCGAUCCUGGGCCGUGGGUACGAAACGGGUGGCUAUAAAUGCGAGUGCCUGCAGGGAUUCGAGUAUCCGUACGAGGAUCUUAUCACCUACUACGAUGGGCAGCUGGUCGAGGCCGAGUUUGAGAACAUCGUGAACGACAAGGAGUCGCGCUUUGACACGUUCAAGUGCCGUCUAGCCGGAGCCGCCUCGCUGCAGGUGCAGUUCACUAUUCUGGCCUUCCUGGCGCUCAUCGGGUGGAUGCUGCUGCACAGGAACCAAUGCUAGGGCGAAUACGACCGCUGACUUGGGUAGAGUAGUUGGAUUUAGAUUUUUUUUUACAUUUUAUCAGACAAAAGACAAGGAAAACUAACCGUCCAUUGGGAAUCUCAUCGUACAUUCCGACAAAGCAAUCACGCACACACAAACGUAGAGGAUAAGUAAGACAGUAUUGAUCCGUCUGUACCGAUAAGUAUAGUAGUAUAGAUUGACAUCCUGCCGAAGGAAACGUUGCCGUCCAAGAAACAUUCCCACUUUUUUUAUACCUUAAUCAUUUAAGAGCAAAUUAUCAACUGGAAGAAGAGUGGUGACUAGUUGUUGUGCCUAUAGCUAGUAGGAUUUUAAAGAAGGCAGAUGUCUAUAUCGUAUAGAAGCGAUAGUUUUGUAUUCACCAAACUGACGGAGUGCUUGUUAAUUGACCUUUUUUAAGAAAUAAAUGGAAUCUCUA